AUGGCAUUGGGUAUGGAUAAUACUGAUCUGGGAGUGCUGUGUGCUCUUGUGGUUGCGGUAGCCAUCUACUUGAAGAGGAAUCAACUUAAGGAGCUUUUUGCUUCUAAUGAUGAUUCCAUCACGGCGUCCAGCUCCGGAUCUAGAGACGUUGUUCAAGUUCUUCGCGAGAACAAAAAGAACUACUUGGUGUUGUUUGCUUCACAAACAGGUACAGCCGAGGACUACGCUAAGAAGUAUGCGAAGGAGCUGGCUGCCAAGUUCUCAUUGAAUGUUAUGUGUGCCGAUAUUGAACAGUAUGACUUCGACAAUCUCAACGAACUUCCAGAGAACGUGUUCAUGACGCUGUUCAUUUCAACUUACGGAGAAGGAGACUUUCCCGACGGGGCUGUACAGUUCGAAGAUUUCUUGUCGAAUGCCAGCGAGGGUGAUUUGAGCUCUUUGAAGUUCGGUUUGUUCGGUUUAGGUAACUCUACCUACGAAUUUUACAAUGGCGCUGCUAAGAAGGCGCUUGAUUAUCUGAAGAGUGCCGGAGCUACCUUGGUUGGAGACUUCGGUCAGGGUGAUGAUGGUGCUGGAACCACCGAUGAAGAUUACAUGACCUGGAAAUCGAAUUCGUUUGAAGUCUUGAAGGAGAAAUUGAAUCUGGAUGAACAUGAGCAAGAAUUCGAAGCUUCUUUUGUUCUCGAGAAAUUGGGUUCUGUCGACGACACAGUCUCUCUUGGUGAGCCGUCUCCACAUUAUCUGCCUUCUAAGAAAUUGGUGUAUAACUCUGAAAAGCUUCAAGUUGGACCCUUUGAUUUAUCACAGCCUUACGUGGCCCCCGUGAUAAGAAGUUAUGAACUGUUCAAAGAUACAGAUCGUAACUGCAUUCACACCGAAUUCGAUAUGUCAGGUUCAAAUAUCAAAUACUCUACUGGAGAUCAUCUAGCGGUUUGGCCAUCCAACGCUAACGAAAAGGUAGAGAAAUUCCUAAAAGUGUUCAACUUGGAUCCCAAGAUGGUCUUUAACCUCAAACCUCUUGAUCCAACGAUUAAGGUACCUUUCCCAACACCUACCACCGUUGGCGCUGCGGUGAGACACUACUUGGAGAUUUGCGGCCCCAUCUCUAGACAGGUUUUCGGCCAACUUGUUCAGUUUGCCCCUAACGAAGAGAUCAAACAAAAAUUGUCGGAGCUUUCGACUGAUAGAGAUCAGUUUGCCAUCGAAAUUACUGCUAAAUACCUCGAUUUGGCCGAUGCCCUUCUGCGUCUUUCCGACGGCAAACCUUGGGACAGCGUUCCGUUAGAAUUUUUGAUCGAAACAAUUCCUCAUUUGCAGCCCCGCUACUACUCCAUCUCUUCAUCUUCCUCGCAUGAAAAGCAGACAGUUCAUAUCACAUCGGUUGUCGAAAACUUUCCAAAUCCUUCAGAAGACAUGCAAGGGAACGUCGUUGGAGUGACAACCAACCUUCUGAGAAACAUCCAGCUCGCCCAAAAUAAUGAGCUGAAUAAGGCUUCUUUGCCAGUUCAUUAUGACCUAAAUGGUCCUCGUAACCUUUUUGCGGGCUACAAAUUGCCUGUUCAUGUUCGUCGUUCAACUUUCAGACUGCCAUCCAACCCUGCCACACCCGUUAUCAUGUUUGGUCCAGGUACCGGUGUAGCACCUUUCCGUGGUUUUAUCAGAGAACGUGUCAAAUUCUUAGAGACGCAGGAAAACGUUACGCUAGGUAAACACAUCCUAUUUUAUGGCUCCCGUAACACCGAUGAUUUCCUAUACCAGGAUGAAUGGCCAGAAUACGCGAAGAAGCUCGGUGGAGCUUUUGAGAUGAUUGUGGCGCAUUCUAGAUUGCCAAACUCUAAGAAAGUUUACGUUCAAGAUAAACUCUUGGAGCGCGAAGAUGAUAUCUUCGACUUGAUUAAUAUCGGUGCGUUCAUUUAUGUCUGUGGUGACGCUAAGGGCAUGGCUCAGGGAGUUCAUGCUGCCCUAGUUGACAUACUGACACGCAAAAAGUCUAUAAAGAAGGAAGAUGCCACCGAAAUUAUCAAGAUGAUGAAGACGACAGGUAGGUACCAGGAAGAUGUCUGGUAA